AUGAUGAAAUAUCAGAAGGCUUGUAUAGCUACUAUUGAUUUAUGGGAUCGAUUAGAUUUUCAUUUGGGACCCCAUGUUAAAUCUCCAUUAGAAUUACGUUAUGCUAGUUCAAAAAGUUCAAUUAUUGAACGAGCACUACGCCAAGCUGUGAUUGAUUUACUUGAUGAUAUAACAGUAGAACUUCAAGAAUACAUAGAAAAUGAAACAGCUGUCAUUAGUACUCAACAUCGUAUAUUUCAUUCACAAAUCGAUGAUGAGAUCGAUUCAUUAGCACCAACUGUCUUUUCUCAAUUACGUGAAGAUAUUGAUAUAUCAAAUAAACAAUUUCGUCAAUGA